AUGAAUUAGAAAUUUAAAUUCCAUGAGAAAAGCCAAUCGUUACCAUUAAUAGUUAGAAAACCAAUAGCAGUUAUGAAUUAUAGAUUGUAUGAAAAAUACCAACACUCACAAAAUUACUAUUACAUAAGAGAUAUUAAUGAGAUAUUAAGUGAUGUUGAAACAAAAAUAGUAAUAAAUUAUAAAGAUUAAUUGGUUAUUGAUGAAGAUGUAUUUCAAGUAAUUAAUAUAAAUAGGAAGAAUAUUUCAAGAGAUUUUAUUAAAUUAAGGAAUUUCCAUAAAAAAUAGAGUUACUCACAGAAUAUUACAAAGUAUAAAAUUAUUAUGAAAUAGUUCCAUGUAGAUAUUGCACGAAUAUUUUAAGAGCCAAUAUGUUCAAUCUUAAACAAAUAUUAUGAUAAGAAAAGAAAGUAUGAUUAUUUUAGGAUUGCUAAAAUGAUUGAAGAGGAAAAUAAAUUAAAUCCAAAUAAACCACCAAAGGGAAUAGUAGGUGAGAGACCUUCUCCUGCAAAUUCUUAAGAAUCAGCAUUUUAUGAAAAAGAUGAAAAAGAGUAUUAGAAUAUCAAAAAUAUUUAAAUAUUAAAAGAAUUGAGUUGGUUAAAAGUAAGACUUUACCAUAUAACUACAUUAGCAUGACAAAACUUUGCCUAAAGAAGUCUCUCAAACAAUUAAUGAAUUAUGUAAAUAAAUUGGAUCAGGAGAAGAUUAAUCAUCCUUUUCAAUAAUUAAAUAUUCAAAAUAGGAAAAAGUAUCUUUAGAUAAUUUUCUAAUGUAUAUUGGAGGUAAAGCUAAAAUUCAAUAGAAAAUAUCUCAAACGGCAAGAAAUUCUUAAGAAUAAUUGAUUUAGGAAUUAAUUAUGAAUUAAAAAGCUAAUAUUUUAUAAAAGGAUAAUAAAAGAAAUAGUAUGCAUAAGAAGAAUGAAACUAAAUAUAGUAUUGGUUCAAUAGAGAUGAAAAAUAAUUUUGUAAAGAAUCAAUUUAAUAAUCUCUCUAAAAAAUCUAAUAGAUAAGCAUCAACAGAUAUAAUAGAGAGUGUAACUAGACUAGAGAAUAAACCUCCAGAAUUAAUUAAAGUUAAAUCUAAGACACUAGUAAGUAAGAAUUAAUUUAAAAUAAAUUAAUUUAUUGGUGAACACAAUUAAAAUUCCCCUACUCCAUCUUUACAUAAAAUAUCAAUAGGUUCUUCAUAAUAGCCUAUUAUUUAAUUCUAAAAUAAUCAAUUAACUAAACUUUUGCUUGAAGAAGUAGAAUCAUAAUAAAAAUUAAGAAAUGGUGCCAUAACACACAGACCUUAAUCUAGCAGAAAUACUUUAAUUGGAUCAUCUUCAACCAGAAAUAGUCCUUCAAUCAAUAAUAAAAAAUUAACUUUCUCUAAGUAAUAAAGGGAGGAUUAUUAGAAAAAAUAAAAACUUAAGACUACGAAUUCUCCUUAAAAUAACAAUAAAAUUGGAUUAUUAGCAAAGAAUUUAUUUAUAAAAGCAUUAAAUGCUUAAAAUUAAAAGAAUUCUAACAAUAUUAAAUAGAAUUUAAAUUAAGAUAAAGUUCUUAAUUAAUAUAAUAAAUAAAAACCUAGUUUUAUAUAGUAAUAAAAUGAUUUACUUGAAAAGAAACAACAUAAAAAAAUUAAAUCUGAUUGUAGAGCCUUAUAUAAUAAAUUUUCAGUUCAUGAAAUAGGAUGUUUAACUGAUAGACAUGAUAAAGAAACUCAAUAAUUGUUUAGUAAAAUAAACAAACAUGGUUCUCCAUAAACAUAACAUUUUAGAAGAUUACAUAGUGAAAAAUAAGAUUCUCUUACGAAUAAUAUGAAAGGUAUUUUAAUUUAAUAAAUGUUAAAAUAACUUAAUAAAUAAAAUUUGUAGAAUUAAUUAAAAUAAGAUCUGAGAUCACAAGUAAAAUGUUCAACAAAAAAGUUUUGA